UCAAAUAAAGAAAGAAAAAAAUCCCAAAUGGAAAAGGGUCGAUUUUUUUCACUGUCCUAUUCAGUUUUGAUCGAGAACUUCAUAGCGGCAGAUCCACACUAAACCAUUAAAUGUAACCUGUAAUUUGGAUCAUCAAUUCUAUUGUACAAGCGUGUGUGUGUGUGUGAGUGUGCAUAAUUGUGUAUCAAAACCUUGAUCUCUCCCAUAUUCGAUCUGAUUUUAAUCGAUCAUUUUGUUGCUACAAUGUCCAUAUGUCAAUUUUCAAUUGAUUUUUAAUCGAUUUUCACCUAUGACAAUAAAACGGGUGAUCUGAAAUCAAAAUUCAAAAAAAUUUUUCCGCCAGUUCAGUUGUAUUCGAAACAUUCGAAAGACAAUGUUACCGAUCAUGUCAAAAAAUACAUUGAUUCUCGUCAUCAUUAUCAUUUCAACGAUAAUUGAUUCAACAUUGACAGCAUCCAAUAUAUUCUCCUCAUUGAUUCGUAAUAAUUUGAAUCGUUAUCUCAAGAAUCCAUUGUUCACAAGAUCAUUCGUUAGAAAUUCAUUAUGGCAAAAUGAAUUUGAUGAACAUGGUGAUGGUGGUUCAUUGAUUGUUCCACAAAUGAAUGAUUUUAUAAAAUCAAAUGGACAAUUUUCAGCCAACGAUCAUCAUCAUUUGGCAAUGGAAACAUUUGAUGGUAAAACAUUUUCGAAUUUUGAUCUACCAACUGGUGUGAACGAUUUUCUUCCAUCAUCAUCAUCAUCAUCAGUAAUGUUGGAACAAACGAAAAAUAAUGUUCGAUUUCCCAGUGAAAAAUCAUUGAAUAAUGAUGGUCUAGAUGGUGAGAAUAAAUUCAAUCGUAUUCAUGCAACAAAAUCGUUGACAACCACCAACAGCAACAAUGCUUAUAGUUCGUUCAAAAAAAUACCACAACAACAACAACAACAACAGUUUUCUAAUAAAUAUGUUAAUGAAGAUAUGGCUGAAUCGAUCAAAAAAAUAAAUUAUCAAAAUUCUGCUACAACUUCCAUCAAUAAUCGUCAACGUAAAGCAAACAAUAAAUAUAAUAACCGCAAUUAUUAUAAUAAACAGUUUAAAAAAAUAACAAACGGAAAAACUAGCGAUUAUAAUCAGGAAAAAGCCUUGAAUCUAAAAUUGGAGUAUGGAUUUAAACCAUUGCCAUCGACAGGCGGAAAGAAUGAUUUUCUAUCGACUAAUUCGAUUCAGAUAAACGAUCCGAUGGAAAUAGAUGAACCACCUAAGGAAGAGGAUCAACAAUAUGAUAAUGAUGGUCUUUUUCAUCAUGGUUUAUUUAGCCAAAAUAAUCGGACAAUGAAAUCAUUGGAAACGACUGGUACGAAUCGUUUGGAAGAACCAUUUUCACAUGAUUAUAAAAAAUAUAUCUCAUAUCCAAUGGAAACCGAAAGCAGUGAUAAUAUUCAUAAAUUAGCAUUCACUGGUGUCGAAUCAUUUAGACCCGAUCAUGGCUAUAUUCAUGCGGAAAAUUUUCUUUCCAACGGUUAUGGAUUACAAUUAUUCGAUACAAUUUCCAAUUAUCCAAAUAUAAAAAAUUUUCCAAAACAAGGCAUUGAAUGUGCACGUCAAGCUGGUUAUUGUGAAUAUGAUUCAAGUUAUCCAAUCGAUUAUGUAAAUUCAAUAAUAACAAAUUGUACAUCGAUCAUUGAUGAUAUGUACAUUGAAAUGCCGGAAAAUAUGGAUGAUUUUUAUGGCUAUAAAUCAUUGUUUCAUGUCCAUUCGGUUCAAACGAAUAAUUUCGAUAACAAUAAUGUGAAUCCAUCAAUGGAAAGCGAAACAAUAGCCAAUAGAACAUUAUGCGAUGCUGAUCGUAAAUACAUACGGCCAUCUGUCAUCAAAGAUAUUCACAAUGUUUAUCAUUUAAUUUUACAAAGUUCAUUUUAUUUUCAACAAAUACCGGUAGAAAUUUGUACCAAUCCUAAUCAUGGCUGUAAUUAUAUCGGCGAUGUAUGCAAUAAUAAUCAAAAAUUUGUUCGUGUAAAAUGUCGACAAAAAUAUCGUACACAUAUGUUGAUCAGUAUUGAACAUAAAGAAGUAGGAAAUCAUCAAAUCGAUACAAUUAUAUCAUCAUCAUCAUCAUCAUUAAACAAAGGAAUGAAUUGUCCAAAAAUGCGAAUGUAUCGGCUGCCAUCAUCGUGUGUAUGUGAAUUAUCAAAUGAUUAAUUCAAACUUUUGAAUUUGUGUUCAAAAUCAACUUUUCAACAAUUUUUUUUUUGCUGUAUAUAAUAUAUUACUUACACACACACACACACACACAUUAUAUGCAAUGAAAUUAUUGCCUAAAUUGUUUGAAUAAAUUAAUGAACAAUUCAAUUUUGCGAAUACCAAUAAAGACAUUAACCUAAAUUAAUAAUCAAUACAAACAAAAAACAUUUGAUGAUGAUGAUGAUGAUGAAUAGACAGAAAAAAAAUCAACCACAAUGACAAUGAUGUUGACAUGAUUGAUUAACCAUGUGUGAUGAUAGCCUAUCAUUUAAAAAAAAAAUUGCCCAUUCAUUACCUUGAAAACAAUCAUCAAACAUAGUGAUCCAAUCAAUAUAACCAUUCAAUUCAAUAUCAUCGAUUUGGUUUUAUUUUUAGCCUAAUUUAAAAGUCAAAAUUUUUUUUUUUUUUUUUGAUUGUUUGAAUAUUCAAAUCCAGAAUCGUAAAAACAAACGUUUUCAUCUCAAUAUCUCAAUAUAUCGAACGAAUAACGUUGGAAAUGUAAAAAAACUAACGUCAAUUAACAUGGUAAUUCAUUCAGAAGGAUUUUUGUCAUAAACAUGUUUGCCACUACGUUUACAUUCGAUAUUCAUUCGAAGUCUUCAUGGUGGUGGUGG